AUGCGAGCCACCCCUCUGGCUGCUGCUGCGGGUGCCCCCUCCAGGAGGAAGCGGUGGGAGUUGGACAAUGACCUAGACACCGAGUGUCCCAUCCGGAAACAAGCGCGAAUCGGGCCCCAGCCCAGGCUGCCCUCCUCGCCGCUGCCCCCGAGCCCACUUCCUGCUCCAGCCCAUGCCUGUGCUGGGACCACUGCCUCCCGUCUUGGGCCCUAUGUCCUCCUGGAGCCUGAGGAGGGUGGCCGGGCCUAUUGGGCCCUGCACUGCCCCUCAGGCACCGAGUACACCUGCAAGGUGUACCCGGCCCGCGAGGCCCAGGCGGUGCUGGAGCCCUACUCGCGGCUGCCCCCGCGGGGACACGUGGCGCGGCCGGCCGACGUCGUGGCGGGCCCCCGCCACCUCUACACCUUUUUCCCACGGCCCCACGGGGACAUGCACAGCCUGGUGCGCCGCCGCCGCCGCCUCCCCGAGCCCGAAGCCGCCGCGCUCUUCCGCCAGAUGGCCGCCGCCCUGGCGCACUGUCACCAGCACGGCCUGGUCCUGCGCGAUCUCAAGCUGCGGCGCUUUGUCUUCACCAACGAGGAGAGGACUAAGCUGGUGCUGGAGAACCUGGAGGAUGCCUGUGUGCUGAACGGGCCCGACGACUCCCUGUGGGACAAACACGCGUGCCCGGCCUACGUGGGACCUGAAAUCCUCAGCUCCCGGGCAUCCUACUCAGGCAAGGCGGCCGAUGUGUGGAGCCUGGGCGUGGCGCUCUUCACUAUGCUGGCUGGCCACUACCCCUUCCAAGACUCAGAGCCUGCCCUGCUCUUUGGCAAGAUCCGCCGCGGUGCCUUUGCCCUGCCCGAGGGCCUCUCGGCUCCCGCUCGCUGCCUGGUCCGCUGUCUCCUUCGACGGGAGCCAGCCGAACGCCUCACGGCCACGGGCAUCCUGCUGCAUCCCUGGCUGCGGGAGAAGCCGAUCCCCUCAGCUCCACCCCGAUCCCACCUCUGGGAGGCCGAUCAGGUGGUCCCUGAAGGGCCGGGGUUGGAGGAGGCCGAGGAAGAGGAGGGGGUAAGAGAAGCUGGUCUAUAUGGCUAG